AUGGCCGCAUCGUGGACUCCGCUUGAAUCCAAUCCAAGUGUCAUCAAUCCGAUGAUCGAAAAAAUGGGAGUGAGUGGCGUCAAGACGGUCGAUGUACUGUUCUUCGAAGACGAAUCUAUCGGAAAACCGCAGUAUGCUGUCCUUCUUUGCUUCCCGGAAUACAAGAAGGUCGAUGAAAUCAUGAAGCCGAUUUACGAGCAAGCGAAACCAGCGGACGAUUCCGUUUUCUUCAUGAAACAAAAAAUCUCCAACGCAUGUGGAACCUUCGCACUCUUCCACUCGCUCGCUAAUCUCGAGGGCCGCAUCAAUUUGGGAGAUGGUUCGUUCGCUAAAUGGCUCGUCGAGGCGAAGAAAGUUGGAGUUGAGGAACGCUCGGAUCUGCUUGCCAACAAUACCGAACUGGCUGGAAUUCAUGAUGCGGCUGCGACCGGCGGACAAACCGCUCCAACUGGCAAAGUCGAGCAUCAUUUCAUCUGCUACGUCGGAAAGAACGGAACUCUUUACGAGAUUGAUUCCCGUCGGCCAUUUGCUCGUGAAAUCGGAACGACUUCCGAUGAAACUCUCGUGAAGGAUGCCGGAGCAGCGUGUCAACAUCUCAUCGAGAAACUCGACAAUGUCAGCUUCUCUGCGAUCGCUCUCGUCGAUCAAUAA